AUGGAAGGCCGCUGCCAGUGCUCGCAAGUCCGGUUCACGACUCCCCUCCCGAAGCCGCUGAAAAUGUACAUCUGCCACUGCACUGAAUGUCGACACCAGUCGUCUUCCACGUACGGGAUGACUGCCAUCUUCCCGACAUUUGACAUUCCUGCUCCCUCGCCCGGCCAGAUCGGCGUGUAUACUCGUCCGACGGAAUCUGGACGCCAGCUCGACUGUCUCUUCUGCACAAACUGCGGCUCCCGGCUGCUGCAUAGGCCGCGCGGAGGAGAAACCGUGAGCGUCAAGGCCGGCUGUCUGCUGGCGCUGGACAAGGCGAUGCUGCAGGAUGCGGUGCACAUCUGGUGCAAGGAGGCCGUGGUUGAGAUCCCGGCGGGCGUAGUGCGCUGGGACGGGGAACCUGGAGGCGGCUCGUUUAGUUUGUAG